AAACUUUAAGAGGACAUAAUUGCAGAGAUUAUACGCUGAGAAGUUGAAGGAAGAACAUGAGAAGGUGAUGGAAGAACUUCGCAUUGCCCAGGCCCAGAAAUCGCAGCUGAAGGACCAAUUCGCGGAGACCGACCAGAGCAGAAAGGAGUUGGAGCUGAAAAUCAUUGCAAGCGAGGAAAUAUUGCGGGCUUUGGUACAAAAGCAAGAACUGUUGCGGAUCGAACUCGAGAAUGCACUCCUAAAGGCCGAGGAGGAGAGCAGAAGAAAAGGAGAUUCCUCCGGCACAAAGUUCUUCUCCGAGUUCUCCUUUAACGAAAUUAAAGAGGCUGCGCAGAACUUCGACCCAUCCUUGAAGAUCGGGGAAGGUGGUUGCGGGACCGUGUACAGAGGUUUGCUUCGACUUAUGCCAGUGGCUAUAAAGAUCAUGAAUUGUCCUGGCAUGCGAGGUUCACAAGAUUUUCAACAGGAGAUCGAUGUGUUGAGAGAGGUGAAGCAUCCUAAUCUCAUCACGCUCAUCGGCGCUUGUCCUCAGCCUUGCACUCUUGUUUACGAAUAUAUACCAAACGGUAGCCUCGAACAUUGGCUCCACGACAGUGACAGGGCGAAGCAGCUGCCAUGGCGAGCCCGAAUAUGCAUUGCCACAGAACUCUGCUCUGCCCUGGCCUUCCUCCACACUUGGGAGCCUCACAGCAUCGUCCAUGGGGACGUCAAACCGGGAAACAUCCUACUGGACGCGCAGUUCAAGAGCAAGCUCAGCGAUUUCGGGAGCUCCCGAUUGCUGUCCAGGGGUGAGCGGUCGAGCAACAACACCGCCGUCGUGCACCUGACCAACCCAAAAGGGACGAUCGGGUACAUUGACCCUGAGUUCUUCGUCACGCAAGAGCUCACGACGAGGUCCGAUGUCUACUCUUUCGGGAUUAUACUACUCGAGUUAUUGACGAGGAGGUCCGCCCGAGGAAUAGCAAAUGCAGUGCAAGAGGCAAUUAGCGCAGGGACUUUGGCGGCCAUCUUGGAUUCAUCGGCUGGAGAGUGGGACUAUACGCUGGCCGAGAAGUUGACUCAUUUGGCUUUGAGUUGCUGCGAGAUGAGCAGAAGGAGUAGGCCGGAUCUCAAGUCGGAAGUGGGGACGGUGCUCCAAUCGAUCCUAGCUUCCUGUUGAUAAACCAAGACUUUCGAAUACUCGGGAAUUGAGCGAUAUACAUGUUGUGGUUGUGUACUUGGUCUCUAAGUAAAUAGACUUACGGGGUCACGUGUCAA